AUGACGGGUUCAGUCGACUUAGAUCUUCAUGCUCGGCUACUGUCUGAUGAAAUCGAUUGCGAUUUUGACAAUGGCUCAUUUUGUCGACUACAUAAUAAUGGUGGCUGGACUUUUCAGCAGAGUCUCUUGGAGCAUUCUCAACUGAACUUACAAAGCAAUGCCAGCUAUCCAACUCCCACAAAACCAAAUCAGUACAUUUGUGCAGACUGGGGAGGAGCAAAUGGGAAUACAUCGUCGGAGGAAUCCGCUCGUUCCGCUGAGUUGCAAGCUUUUAUUUCUCUCCCCUCGCCAAGACAUCAUCAUCAUUUCAAAGGUGGAAAUGUACUUUAUCUUGGAGCGGGUCCUUUGUGGCCUGUAUGGACUGUUGAAAAAGGGAGAGAAAAAAAGAAUUAUUCGCAAAAAUUUGGUCUCUGUCUCAAUUUGAACGUUAGAUUUUCAUCUCAUUAUGCCUCUGAACUUACUGUUAAAUUCCGCUCUUCAAGUCAGACUGUCCAAGCUACGAAAAUGCCCGGACCUCUCGGGGUUCCUACCACGGCAUCAUCUUUUAAAGAAAGAUUAAUUUUUCUUAGUUACCUGGCAAGUUGGAUAUUUUCUUUACCUUUCAGUCCUUCAUCUAGUCUUUAUUCCCUGUUCUCAAGACAAUCUUCACAUCAAUUGAAACCACCAACGGGUCAGUGGCUGCACCUCACUAUGCCUCUGGAUACCCAUUAUUUUCAGCCCGAGGCUCCACUUCCUUUCGCCCUCUUUGGUUAUAAUGGCGUGUGCAUUGAUACUAUUCGUGUUGAGAGAUGUGUCACUACAAUCGUAUCAAGUCUUUCAUGGCCUCCAAAUAAUACCCUCUACCUCUCACUUUCUCUUCCGCCAUCUGUAAUUCUUUCUUCAACUAAUAACAGUACCAACUACUUCAAUCAUCCCAUUUUUACUGGCACAUUCUUGUUCACUGUUUUACUGGUGAUUCUUCUAGUCCUGUUGAUUCUUAUUUGUGGGAUGUCUAUUAUGUUUGGACGCAAACGUAGCAAUAGGGUGCUAAAAAAGAAAGGAAAGAUUGAGCAGAAAAAGGUCCCCUUAGUUAUACCCAGCUUGGAUCUAAUGCGCUCACCCUCUGUUUCUUCCCUACCCGCUGCGGUUGUGCAUCAACGACAACUUGAGGAGACUUCCUAUUCUCUAAAUGAUGAAUUCGAGGAGACCCUCAAUGAUACAGGCUGCCCGAAUGACGGCGGUCAUUAUAGUCGAUUCCAGAGAUCACAUCGCGAAAUCUCUGCACAAUUUCCGUCUUCAUCGGCAGGCAGACGCGAUAAAAGGCAAUCCACAGCACCGCUACUGUCACUGCAACCAUUUAAUUGGAAAAGAUCAACAGUGUCAAAGUCUGAUGCUGUUGAUCAAAUUAACUCGCCGGGUGGCUUUCAGCGGUUCUCUCUUCUUCUCUCAAUAAAUGAGAAUAAUGAAUUAGUCCUUAUUUCUCCUGAGAUCGCCAAUGCCUCUUCCAAUGAAAAAUUCAUUCAUAAAAAGAAAGUUGCUUCCGGUUCUUUUGUGGUGGGAAUGGAUUCGAUAGCAAGAUCAACUGAAACAUCAAGAUCUUGCAGCACUUCAACCACCUAUACGACAACUACCGCGAUGACCUCAGCAGGUACUUGCAGGCCCCUUUCCGCCCUGGAGACUGAGGCAACUCUGCAGGAAAUGGCUGUAUCGGUCUCCCAGCUGGGGAGAGGGUGUGUAGGAAAGAGGAGUGACGAGGACGACAAUGCAACCGAUCCAAGUCCUUUAAUCGCGGAAUCCAUCACAAGCUCCAUUUCUUGCCUUUCUCAUGAUCCGCAGCUGUCUGAACAAAAGUCUCAAGACCUUUCGUAG